UGACUCGGCCGGUGGCCGCGCUGCUGCUGCGGGAAACAGUGGCAUUGUGAAAACCGGCGCGCGUACGCGUGUUUUUCGCGCGACGCAACGCGCCAUCUGUGCGCGAUCUCCCAGACGGAUCAUAUCGUAUGCGCGCGCGCAGCACCGGUGACAAUUUCGCAUUUCGAAAUCUCCGCGCGAUUGCAGCGAACGUUGUUCCGUUGCGCUGCCGCCGGCCGUAGUAUUUACGCGUUUAGUACCAGUGAUUACGUGAAACUUGCGGCUAGAAUGGAAGCGAUGACCUCGCCGCGGAUACCGCCGUUCCUCUGUAAUGUUGACAGUUCGACCGAUGAGUGCGUCGCAUCGGAAACAGUGAAAUGAAAAAGGAAUGCAGUGAUGGAAUAUUUGACCGGUGUCGGUGCAUUAAAAACAGUGAAAAUGUUAGUGCUUUCGAAUAUAUUUCGUGCGAGCCAUCCUCAAAACCAAUUAGUGCCGAGAGAAUUGAAUUCAUUGUCCACAGAAAAAAGUGGGGGACAAAUGGAAAAGUCCAAAAUAGUGUCACAAAAUUCCUUAAGAAUAAAACAACGAACGAAAACUCGUGACAACAUAAAUGUCAGCCAUGAGAUGGAUGAUGCUGCAGAUGCAAAAAGUGUGCGUCGAGACAAAUGUCUGUCAAACAGCGUUGAUGCCAUCGUAACUCACAAUGAUGCCAAAAGUAAAGUGAUAUGUAGUGCCAAAGGUUUAUUAGAAACUAAUUUAGACGAUCUGUUCAAUGAUGUACAAAAACUGGAUGGCUGGAAUGUGGAGCCAAAGAGUUUAGGUGCCAGUGAACCGACAUUAAGUUUUAGUGAGAAUAAUUCUAAAGCUGUCAAGCGCGAAUCUCUCGUGUCAGAGGAUGACACGGAUGAUGAUACGGCGAGUGAUAGUGACUGCACGGAUGAAGUGGUACGGGAACAGAGGAUAUGUAUGGGAGCUCGCCGCUUCGGGCAUUUGUUGCGGAGGGUCAUAUCUAGAAAUGUUUUCCCGAAUGUGCCGGCCGCGCCGGGCAUGCCAUGCGCGGGUGAAGACAGAAGCAUAUACAGAAGAGGCGCUCGACGGUGGCGGAAGCUAUACCGCGUCAAUGGACACAUCUUCCAGGCGAAGCGAUUUAACAGACGCGCCUUCUGUGCCUUCUGCCAGGACCGUAUUUGGGGCCUGGGCCGGCAAGGGUUCAAGUGCAUCCAGUGCAAGUUGCUGGUGCACAAGAAGUGCCACAAGCUCGUGCAGAAGCCGUGCUCCAACGAACAUGUGGACCCCAUCGAGGUCAAGGAUGAUGCCAACGGAGAAAGCACGCUGGGACGAGCGUCCUCUGUUAGGUCUCGCGCGGAAGUCGAACCCCCGCUGCCGGAGACGCCGCCGGCCCCUGCGCCGGCGCCGCCUCGCGCGGACGAGCUGGAGCCUGGCUCACAGAGACAGUACUCUCUCGAUGACUUCGAGCUCAUCAGGGUCAUUGGACGAGGAUCUUAUGCUAAGGUGCUGAUGGUGGAACUGAAGCGCACAAAACGCGUGUACGCAAUGAAAGUGAUCAAGAAGGCGCUGGUGACGGACGACGAGGACAUCGACUGGGUGCAGACAGAGAAGCAUGUCUUCGAGACUGCCUCCAACCAUCCAUUCCUCGUCGGGUUACACUCCUGCUUCCAAACCCCCAGCCGACUGUUCUUUGUCAUUGAGUUCGUUAGAGGCGGGGAUCUCAUGUUCCACAUGCAGCGCCAACGAAGGCUGCCGGAGGAGCACGCCCGGUUCUACGCGGCCGAGAUAUCGCUCGCGCUGCACUUCCUACACGAGCGCGGCGUCAUAUACAGGGACCUCAAGCUCGACAACGUACUACUCGACCACGAGGGACAUAUUAAACUCACUGACUAUGGGAUGUGCAAGGAAGGCGUACGUCCCGGCGACACGACGUCCACGUUCUGCGGCACUCCGAACUACAUCGCGCCCGAGAUCCUGCGCGGCGAGGAGUACGGGUUCUCCGUGGACUGGUGGGCGCUCGGCGUGCUCACCUACGAGAUGUUGGCCGGACGCUCGCCCUUCGACAUCGCACAGGCGGCUGACAACCCUGACCAAAAUACUGAGGAUUACUUGUUCCAGGUAAUCCUAGAGAAGACGAUCCGUAUCCCUCGUUCGCUGUCAGUGAAGGCCGCGUCAGUACUGAAGGGGUUCCUCAACAAGAACCCAGUGGAACGACUCGGCUGCGGGGAGAACGGGUUCCUCGACAUUGUCUCACAUCCAUUCUUCAAGAGCAUCGAGUGGGAGAUGUUGGAGCAGAAGCAGGUAGUGCCUCCAUUCAAGCCGCGCCUGGAGGGCGAGCGCGACCUCGCCAACUUCCCGCCGGAGUUCACUGACGAGCCGGUGCAUCUCACGCCUGAUAAUGAUACGGUGAUCGCGGACAUCGACCAGUCGGAGUUCGAGGGCUUCGAGUACGUCAACCCGCUCCUCAUGUCGCUCGAGGACUGCGUGUGACACCACGCCUGUCUGCUGCACCCCUACCACGACCCCGCGCAGACGUAUGGGUACGGUGCAGAGUCGUCGUCGUCGGACUACGACAGCGUAUGCAGCGAGGCGCCGGCGCGCAAGCCGACCCUGCUGCAGCACAUGUUCUGUCUGCCGCUCAACUGACCCCGGCCCGCCCGCCGCGCGCGCCCCGACCCGCGCUACUGAUACACUCCCACUCAAGCCAUUGAUUCGUACACUAACUUUUUAUUACUUUUAUGCCUUAUUGUUCGAGUAUUAGCCUUUUGAGAUGGAUCUGUAAAUAUAUUUGCGUUCGAAGUGUUUGAAAGAGAUAAAAAAAUUGUCUCGAUUAUUAUUUGUUUAUUUUAUUUGAUGUAAAACUUUGUUAUGAUUCAAAUUGAAGUUGUACUAUGGACCAAUGCUGUUCAUAUCACAACUUUCAUUAGAAUAAUAUUGAAAAGAUUGGCAAUAUACUUAAAAAUCAACAUUUCAAAUGUUUGGCUCCUUAUUAAAAAUGUCUCGUGGCGGUAUAUAAAUAAAAAUGUCGUGAAAUCAUCACGCUAACUUGCUAUCCUACAAAGGGGUACAGCCAGAAUAGGCGAUCGUGCAGAUAUAUAUUAGUAUAUUAUAAUAAUAACUUAAUAAAAUUAUAAAAAGUUUUUGAAGAUUACAUUAAAAAUAAAUAUUCGUAAUAAUAAUAAUAAAUAUUGAAAUUUGUAAAUAUGUAUGUAUAUUAUACAGCGAUUCUAAAACUUGUAAAACUUCGACACGACAAGCUCGUCAGAAGAAGCCGUAGAAAUACAUUGAAAAUUAUAUAAAAUACUCUUCUCAAGGCAUUACUAAAUUAGUGUAAAAUUAGAAGUAAAGUGUAAUUAAUAAAAUUUGGAUAUUUUGUAACGCACACAACGUGCCAAUGUAAGCACAAUAUUAGACGUCAAUGGCUUCUCUCUUCGCUUGAAAAAAUAAACAUCAUUUUUGCUUUAAGCACUAUUUCUUCUAAACAUUGUUACAUUAACAAAUUCACGUUAACAAACACACAACAGUUGUUAUCGUUAUUGUAAAUCUUGUAAUUUGUAUUAACAAUAAUUUUAAUGUUUUUUGAAACCGUUCUAAAGUAAUGGUAAUUUGUUAAAACUUAACGAAACACGAUUUUAAGUAUUUAGUAAAAAGUAUUAUUUUUAUGUAGUAUAUGUAAAAUUAUCGGAUGUAAUAUAAACUCGUUUGGAACUUAAAUAUUUAUUGUAUAUUAUGCGAAAAUGUACUUAUUUCAUUGUUAUAUUGUAUUGUAUAUUUAGGUAUUGUUAACAUUCCCUGUAUUACAGAACAAAUGUAUAAAUCUCAGAUCUGAAUUUAUUUAUUACGUACUUGAAGGAAUUGAUAUUGUGUUACCAUCAUCAAAACGAAUUUUGUCUACAGAUAAUGAUAAAGAUUUUAUUAAAUUGUGGGCUAAGAGUGCAUGUCUAAGUAGCCAAUGUUGGUGCUCAUAAUGUUCCGUGCGUCGGUCGAACAUUACGCUUCAGUACUUAGGUAGGGAGCAGAUUCACACUAUGUCCUAUUAAUAAAAAUAUUAGAUCACUUAUCUUCCCUGUGCUAGAACGGGUUACGCUUCUGUACAUAAAUUAAACAAAUUUAUUCGUCUAUAUAUAAUAUACUUACUUACUAUACGUGAAAAUAUUAUAAGACUUAAUAUUUUUGAAAGUUCUAUCUUCACCUUUCUGUGAGAAAGGUAACGCGAUUGUGACAUUGUACCGCCAUUGUGCCUCUUCCAUACACCGUGCUAGGGCGGCGUUGUCCACGAUCGUGUUUCUGAAUCAUUGUUUUUGAGCAAUAAACUAUAAUAUAUAGUAGUCUAAUCUAAUUAUAUGAUAUGGUAAUUACGCGAGUCUGGUGAAUCGCUCAAUGGAAGGCACGUAAGGAAUUAAAAGUAGUUGAAAAAUUGAUGACCGAUCGGUCUCAGGUACUUGUUUAUAGCCCUUAUCCGACGUUAGUGUAUUCCCUAGUUACCUAGACUAAGCUAGACUUGUAGCUGUAUACCUACUGCGCGGGAUUGGGCGCGGCAUCUCAACAUUUUACUGUACAUUCGUUUCGAAAUAAUUCGGAGUGAGAAUUGUAUAGCUUUGUGUUUUAUUCUUUGAUUGUUUCGUGAUUUUUUGUAUUCAGCGUGUACAUAGGCUGGGUCGUUGCCGCGUUCUAUCCCGCCCCUUUUGUAAUACAUCGAGAGGCACAGACAGUGAUCACACUCUUGUUCUAAUCUAUUUGUGGUCUUCGAGUGUAUCCCGGUCACUGGCCGCGCCACUCCCUGUAUCAUAUAUUUCAUUCCCUAAUGUAGUCUGUUGUCCUUCAUAGCUAUCACCACUCGAUUAGGUAGCCAACGAAUUUUAUAAUAAAAAAAAAUAUAUAAUAUUGAGCACUGAAACAAAUUUAAAAUCGUGUACAUUAUAAACAAAUUAACAUGAAAAAGAAUAUUCGUAAAUUACAUCGGUUAUAUUAUAACAAAUUAUUGUUAAUGUAGAAGAAAAGACUUAUUAUAUAAAAUGAUUAUAUAAUCGUAAUGGAUCGUGUGGCGGUGCGCGUCGCAGCCCGCGGGAGCUCAAGUGUCCACAAACUAUUCUAAAUAGUGCGUAGUACCUAUCUAUUAGACAUUUUGCACCGAUAUUGUAUUGUAUAGUGUAUGCCACGGCCGGGCCGCUGUAGCCGCGCGCACUGUCGGUGUCGGGUCGGUACCAACUGUCGGGGCCGGCGACACGACCUCGCGUCUGCCUGUACUAGGUUUCUUUGUAUUAUUUAUAUCGUUAAGUAUUUAAUUAUUCGUAAGCGACAGUAUUGUGGUACUAUUAACGCUUUAGAUGUAAUUAGUUAACAUUCCAUGUAUCGGUGAGUAGAUGUCGCCUCCUUACAAUGCGUUCUCAUGUUUCGUCUCUACAGUUAUACAAGUUUACGGCGCGUUAAGUUUUAAUGUUUUAUUACCAAAAAUUUUGUAACAUGUAUUGUAUCAAAUAUUACUAACUGCAUGACAAGUGACAUUUUAACAAUUAUAUUAGUUGUAAGAGGAAUUGUUAAACAGUUACAUUUCAAACUAGAACAAACCUAUGUAUCUUAGUUUUAAGUAUUUUUAGUUAGUCGCAUGUAUAUUCCCCGUGUACGGUAAGGAAUCGAUCAUAGAGUUUUCUAAGAUUAUGUGAAAUUUAUUGUUUAGUUUCGGGCGAGCAUGUGAACUGCCACCGACGGUAUCAUAUGUACGUUACUUAAUGUUUCUUUGAAGACUACGUGGUGCGUGAGUGAGACAUACUGUCGAAUUAGACUGGAGAAAUUGGGAUACUGUAACUAUUCUAUGCUUAACUGAAAAUAAAGAAGAUUAAUCUGA